CUGGUUAAUUAACUUGUCCUGUAUUUCAGGAAAGAAGAUGAUCAUCAUCAGAACACUCAACGAAAUACACGUUACCUGCAGCUUUAAUACAGAGAAAAUCUUUUAUAGGAGACCACAGAAUAUCAACCUGUUUUCAAGAGCGUGAAACACUUCAACAUUAAUCGGGAUCUAUAUGUAAUAGUGGAAUAUAAGACAGAAACGACCCUUCUCGAGGAUAUAUGUAGAGCAUUGAACUAUAAGACAGAAACGAACCUUUUGAACGAUUUAUGUAGAACAUUUGAAUAUAAGACAGAAACGAUCUUUCUCGAGGAUAUAUGUAGAACAUUGGAAUAUAAGACAAAAACGACCGUUUUCGAGGAUUAUAAGUAGAGCGUUGGACUGUAAGACAAAAAGAACCUUUUUCGAGCACCUGGAAUUAGGUAAUUAGUAAAAGCAAACCACCGCCAUAAGGCGCUACUCAUCCAUCAAUAGGAAGGACGCCAUUGAAAUGAAAGUUACUUAAAGGUGAAAUUGUUCCAGAGCAUCCAGUAAUAUUGAACAUAGCCUAUUGUAUCUGGAGCUUUCCGCCAAACAACGUUAUCAAAAAUUAGAAUUACGAUCACAACUUUUAGAAUAAAAUAGCAAAGAUACCCUGCACCAUUAAUCCAGAAAUUUGAAGUUCAGAAAGAUGCCGCAACCAAGAAAAUCAGGAACCAUUUUACAGAUUUGUUUCCAGCUUCUUAAGGUGUCGUUUCUGACAGUAGGACAAAGAACUUUUCCAUCGGAUAUGCCACAGUUGGAGAACGUAAAUGUGGAUUGUGCUACGGAUGGGAUGACAGUAACGCUAGAAUUUGAUAAGUUGUUUGGAGGAGUAAUUUACGCUAAAGGUUUCUAUGACAGCGAGAUUUGUCGUUUUAUCACCCCCAGCUCGCGAAGUGCACGAAGUUUCAUAUUUAAGAUCCCCUUAGCCACGUGUGGGACACUGGGACAAUUGGAGGUUUUAUCACAUGACCAAGACAUGUAUUUGGAAAAUACAGUGAUCAUACAGAACGACCCUUAUAUUCAGGAGGUAUGGGACCAUGCUCGGCGCCUGCGGUGCACAUGGAGUCACACACUGACCAAGGCAUUGAUCGCUCGGCCCUUCGAAACUUACAAGCCUUUUACAGUACCAGUAACUUUCACUCAAGAUACAAUCAAUACCCUAAUGGAGAUCCAGGUAGGGAAGGGGCCCUUCUCCGCCCCUGCUACUGGAUACUUGCACGUUGGGGAUGAGACCAGCCUCGUGGUCUACCUUCAAGACCCAACCAACAGAUUUGACGCGAAGAUGAUGGGGUGUAAGGCGUCUAAUGGAAAAGGACUUUCUGUUGCCCUAACCGACGAAAAUGGUUGUGUCAUGCAACCUGAAAUGAUGACGCCAUUUUAUAAAACACGUGAUACGCGCGACACAGGCGCUGAUAUGAUUAUGUACACUUAUUUCAAAGCUUUCAAACUGCCUGACACUACACGUUUUUACAUUCGUUGUAACAUGGCAGUCUGUCUUGAAGAAUGUAACAGUGACUGUGCUGCUGAACAGAAUAACAAAACGAAUAGACGGCGACGUAAUACUGAAGUUACCAAUAUCGUAACGACUCAGCUUUUUCGUGGAUUGACUGUACUUUCUAAAUACGACCUAGAGAUGGCGCUGUAUGACACAACAGGGGAAUAUUGUUUGCCUAAAGCAUAUUUUGUUGCAGGCGGAUCCGUAGGGACAAUAGUUCUGAUGUUACUCAUUGGCGCCGCUAUAAUAGCAUGGAAAAAAAUAAAAAUAUAUAAGGUUUUGUUGAAGAAAUACAAAGAUAUAUCCCACGAGCAUAUGAGACACUGCUGAUUUUGAACAAAGUAUAUAAAAAUUCUGACAGCUAACAGCCCAAACUCUGACAUUUAUCUCUGUGGUACUCACUGUUGAUUUUAAAAUUCGUAUAAAAAGAAAAUUAUUCCUAGCUUACUCUUUCG